AUGGAACCAAAUAAUAAUAUUAAUAAUAAUAAUAAUAUUAAUAAAAAUAAUAAUAAUAAUAAUAAUAUUUUAAAUGAAUCAGGUGGUAUGGGAGGAGUUGAAGAGAUUGGACCAAAUGAAAUAUUAACACCACCAAUCUCAAAGAAUUCAUUAGAAAAGUAUACUGAUGGACAUUACGCAAAAUUAACACAUGGUUGGACACAUUAUCAAUUAUUUGAACCAUACAAAGAUAUGGAAGGUGAUGGUAAACUCAAACCAAAAUUAGUUAAAAAUUUAUCAGAAUCAUUCUCACAAAGUAAAAAGAAAUCAAAGGUAGUUUUAUGUUUACAUGGUUUAUCUUGGUGGGCAAUGGCAUUUCAUCCAUUAGUUCAACCAUUAAUUGAAAAUGAAUAUACUGUUUUAUUAUUUGAUUUUUAUGGUAGAGGUAGAAGUGAUUCACCAAAUGAAAUUGCAUAUACAUUGGAUAUAUUAUUGAAUCAAGCAAUUGAUUUAUUGGAUCAUUUGAAUAUUGAUAAUAUUUAUUUGGUUGGAUAUUCAAUGGGUGGUGCUGUUGCGACAUUAUUUGCAGCAACUCAUCCACAAAGAUUGAUUAAAGUUGUUGGUUUAGGUCCUGCAAUCGUACCAGUUCCAGUACCUUUAAUUGGUAGAUUAGUUACAAUGCCAUAUAUUGGUAUUUUCAUAUUUAGAUUCUUUGGUGCUCAAACAAUGUUAAAAAGAGUUGAAAAUGAAAGAUUUAGUAAUGAUAUUAGUGAUUAUAGUAGUAUUGAACCAUCAGUAAUUGAUGAUUUAGUUGAAAAAACUAAAUGGAUGAUAAAUGUUAAACCAAAUUAUUUAUAUGCAUUUCAUAGUACAUUAUGUAAUAUACAAUUUGAACAAGGUUUAGUUCAUUUGUUUCCUCAAAUUCCAAAGACAUUACCAAUUUUAAUCAUUUUAGGUACAAAAGAUAAAGUGAUACCAUUCGAAAUUUCAAUUAAUACUUUUAAACAACAUUUUCCACAUACUAGAGUUGAAAGUGUUGAUUGUGGUCAUUCUUUAACUUUGGAAAGACCAAAUCAAGUUUCUGAUUUAUUAAUUCAAUUUUUAAAAGAACCUUUGUAA